GUGUGCUGCGAUGAAUGCGAUCGGGAGUGCGCGGCGGCAACGUCGCCCUGCUUCUCUCUGUGCCAAAGCGAUUGCGCCACACGAGACGGGUCCCCCGGCAUACCGACGUCCAUCCAGCCAUUCAGUCCAGCCCCACGGAUACCGCCUCCUGCGGAAUGCACCACAG